CGUGAACAUUUCAAGUAAGCACAGUUUGUAAGAGAUAAGGCAAAAUAACGUAACGUAUAAGAAAUGAACAAAUCCAGAUCUUUGAAAGAGGCAAAGACUUAGGGGAAAAAUUCUUAACAAAGAAAUCCAUCCUAACCCAUGCAACAGCCUCCUUUCACAGCCUCCUGCGUCUGAGGUAGACUAAUCUUAUAGGUCAAAACUCUGAAUUCGGACUUGCCUAUAGGCUGAUGGACUUGUCACAUUUGAACUAAUUUCUUCCGUAUCGGAAACUGAAGACGCAAGCCAAGACAAUCUUUAACAAUUGGUAAAGUUGAUGUUGGAGUUUACAAAGGCAUUGAAAAGACAUAUGAAGGAGGCCCAGAUGAACAUGGAGAGCCUGAGCAAGCCAGAGCUGCUGAUGCUCUUCAGUGUCCUGGAGGGAGAGCUGGAGGCUCGCGACCUGGUCAUCGAGGCCCUCAGGGCCCAGUGCAGAGACACAUAUGUGGAGAAGCGCUAUGGGAAGUACAACCUGAGCGACCCGUUCCUGGCUCUGCAGAGGGACAGUGAGGCGUUGGGGGGGCAGAGCCCUGGGGUCCACCAGGCUUCAGCCUGCUCUAGCCCCCUGGUUGUGCUCAAGCAGGUGGUCACCCACUGCAGGAGGAUGCAGGAGAAGAUGCUCGCCCAGCUAGCUGCAGCCGAGAGCAGGCACAAGAAGGUCAUUGCAGAUCUGGAGGAGGAGAGGAGAAGGCAUGCAGAGGACACCGCCGAGGGCGAUGAUGUCACUUGCAUCCUGGAAAAGGAGAGGGAACGCCUCUUGCAACAGCUGGAGUUUGAGCGGGGCCAGGUGCGUCGUCUGGAGAAGGAACAGAAGAAGGUCCUGGAGCAGCUGGAGGAGGAGCGGGUGCAGCACAAGCAGCUCUCCUCUGCCCUGGCCAAAGAGUGCAAGUGGGCCAGCCAGCGGGCCCUGGAGGAGGACCACCGCCUGGCUGAGGCAAGCCGUAGGCUGGAGAAGGAGCAGGGGGAGAUCUUGGCCCUGAAGGCUGAGCUGCAGAAGGAGAGGAGGAGGGCCCUGCAGAUGGAGGCCAGGGUGGAGGAGUGGCUGGCUGAGUUCGACACGGAGAAGGAGCAGCUCCGCUCUCGGCUCAAGAGGGAGGAGGCCCAGUGCUGCCUGCUGCAGGAGCAGGUGGAGGCGCUGAGGAGAGAGCUGCAGGGAGAGAGGGGAUCUGAGGAGCAGGAUGAGAGGAGAGACUGUCCUGUGGACACCAGUGGAGGGUCACCACUACUACGACCACCACCACACUCCAGCCAGGCAGAGGGGGGUGAAAAGCCUAAAGUCAACGGGCACUGCCUCAGGGAGGACGCCCUUCCAGACAGACUGGGCCUGGACAACCGGAGUGAGAACAGCAGCCCUGUCCUGCUGUCCCCUGCCUUCCUGAACCAGAGCCUGUCCCCCUGCAGCACAGAGUCCUCCUCCCUCACUUCCUCCCCCUGCUCCUCUCCUCAGCUGGCCAAACGGCUGGCCCUGGCCACCAGCCCCAGCUACCAGUCCUCCUACCAGGCAGGCAUCAACCAGCGUUUCCACGCUGCUCGCCACAAGUUCCAGGGCCACACUGAUCCAGAGCAGCAACAGCAGGAUGGAACAGGGGGUGGCAGCCUGCCCCACUCCCCUAGAGACCUGUCCCCGUCCCCUGAGUGCAUCCCUGUCCCUGUCCCUGUCCCCAGCCCGGCCAAGCAGCUGGCCCGCAGCACCGUCACCCACGUCCUGUCCCGCUUCACAGUCCAGCAGGGGGCCAAACCUCCACCACCUAACAGCUCUCCCUUCGGCACUGACUACCGUAACCUGGCCCUGACCCCCUCCUCCCCUGUCAUCCCCAGGGCCUCUGGUGCUGCUCUGCCUCUGGGGGUCCGCUCCCCAACAAUCCCCCGAGCAGACAGGGGCAACCCGCCCCUCCCCUCUAAGAAGCCUGGCCUGGCCCAGUCUCCAGCGCCAUCCAUCGCUGGUACCAGAGCCAGCCACUUUCCUGACCUGUCAGGAAGCUGUGGUCUCACCAGCAGCCAGGAGAAUGUUAAAGAGCUGGACAUGGUGGUUUCCUCCAUUAGUUAGCCUAGCCUGCUACUGAGUGCUACUAGCGCUGUGUUCUUUAAUUCCGCUCACACGUGUGUAUGCUGAGGCACGCUCCAAAACACUGUCAAGUUAACUGUAUUUAUUGGAUUUUUGACAUGCAUUAUGCUUCAUUCUUCUUGUAGCACUAUAUAUGUAUUUGUAUUUAUACAUUUUGGGUUUGUUGAUAAUAUAAUAUAAGAAGAAUAAGCAGUAAUACAGAGUAAUGGGCCAACAUGUAUGUUAGUUGCUGGGUACUUUUCAAACAUUUGCUAAGAAGAACAUGUAAUGUCAUGGGACAAUCAAAUGUCUCUACUUAUAAUACAGCUUUUGAAUUUAAGUUAGGAAAUAAGCAUAUCUCUAAAUCAAGAUUUGGAUUUAGCCUACUCUGAUGUUCUGGAAAUACUGAACAAAAUAAGAGAGCUUAUCUUAAACUGCAGAGUUUAAUACUGAAACUAGGCUGCUCACAAGCACAUUAUUAUAAUGUUGUAUUUCCUAAAAUGGCACAUGAUUAUAACAUUCCAUAUCUUCAAGGCUUAAUAAGUUGGCAGUAUUCUGUGUAUAUGGAGUAUUGUGUAUAUGCAAUAUUAUUAAUACUAUUAUGUAUUAUGUGUAGUGUAACUACUAUGAAAAUAUAUUAUAUUUGCUCUCAUA